AUGCAUUCAAUCCAUAUUGUCGCAAUCAUCAGAAGCAUCCGACCCCAUUUCCUGACCUGGAAUGGGCCCAGCAUCCUAUCUCCGCUUACGCAUCCCAAGGAUGCCUUUCGACACACCUCCGUCAUGCUGCUGGCCCCCAUUGAUUGGUUAGUAAUGCACCUUACGGUCGUCCAUAAACACACGUCGAAAUCAGUCACCGUCUCUCCGUUAUUCCUCUCGCGCGUGAAGUGCGCCCUCGUCAACCUCGGACAUUAUCGCAAACAGAUCUGGGAAGUCAUACGUCCAUACAUGCGGACCAUCGAUCACGCGGAUCAUGGACUGUUAAUGUUGAUGUGGCCAAGAGGCCAGCGGGACCCCGAUACCCUCGGCAGAUUCUUAGUGUUUCCCGGGACAAAUCUAAUGGAUGCUAGAAAAAUCUUGGACUUAGAACGUUUUGUUGAAAACAUCUCUGGCGGGUCUUGAUAUGGAGAGCAUACUGGCUUCUUCUUUAGCAUGCGAUAAGAGGUUAGAGGACCGAAUUAAAGUGGCCUGUAUUGUUUAUGGG